GGAAGGAGCAUCAAGCAGACUGUGUUCUAUGAUCUGCCUCCUCAAAGGAGGAGCUGCUCCCACUCGUCUUUUCCUUGGACAUUUCUGGGCCUGUCCUGCCAGGAGGAGGAGCUCUGCCCCCCCUUCCCUUUCCUCCCAUUCCUCCCCAUUCCUCCCCAUUCCUCUUUACCCCUUAGAAGAGGUGAGAUAACCAGUGAAACCUGCUGGCUAGCUCCAUCCUCCCAUCAAAGCAUCCUAGCAGCUGGGAGCCACACUGCCAGCCUCCCCAGUCACAGCUGUGCAACCUGCUCAGAGGAGAUUUGCCUUGCCAAAGGAUACCCCAGCAGACUGAUGGCUCUUGCUUAGCCAAAGGUGACAAUUUGAUUGCCUUAACCUACCAGUCAAGAUGGCGUUGUCAGCGGAUUCCUCUUGGUAUCGCAGGCAAGGGCAAGUUAAGGACCGCUACUCCCAGUCUCCUUCAGAAUCCACCCCACUGCUGUCUGUGGCUAAAGAAAGACACAGCUACAAUCUGAAUCAACAACGGGUCAUUUUUCCUAACAACAAGAUAUUUCACCAAGACUGGGCAAAAGUUUCCAAGUUUUACUCUGGCAACAGGAUUCAUACCACCAAAUAUACCCUGUUCAACUUCGUACCCCGAAACCUCUUCGAGCAGUUUCACAGGUGGGCUAAUCUCUAUUUCCUCUUCCUGGUGAUUCUGAACUGGAUGCCACCUAUAGAGGUCUUCCACAGAGAAAUCACCAUGCUACCUUUGACUAUAGUGCUGCUGAUUAUCAUGGUGAAAGACGGCGUGGAAGACUAUGAGAAAUAUCGAUUUGACCAAGAGAUCAACUCCUCCAACAUUCAGAUAUAUGAAAAGAAGGAACAAGGCUAUGUGCAGAAGCGUUGGAAGGAUGUUCAAGUGGGAGACUUUGUCCAACUUCAGUGCAAUGAGAUCAUCCCAGCAGAUAUCCUCUUACUCUUCUCUUCGGAUCCCAGUGGAGUCUGCCACCUGGAAACUGCCAACUUGGAUGGGGAAACCAACCUCAAACAAAGGCGUGUUGUGAAGGGCUUCUUGAACCAGGAGCCUCGGUUUGAACCAGAACUCUUUCAGAGCAAGAUUGUGUGUGAGAAGCCUAACAAUAACCUCAGUAAAUUCAAAGGUUAUAUGGAGCAUCCAGACCAGACCAGGACUGGAUUUAACCGUGACAGUCUUCUGCUCCGUGGGUGCACCAUCAGGAACACGGAGGUGGUGGUCGGCAUUGUCAUCUAUGCAGGCCAUGAAACAAAAGCUAUGCUGAACAACAGUGGCUCACGGUACAAGCGCAGCAAGAUGGAGCGUCACAUGAAUAUCGACAUUUUCUUCUGUGUGGGGAUUCUCUUCCUCAUGUGCCUCAUUGGAGCUGUAGGUCAUGUCCUUUGGAAGGGAACAUUUUCAGAAAUUCCCCCCUUUGAUGUUCCAGAUGCUGAUGGAAGCUUCCCCUCAGUUGCACUUCAGGGCUUCUACAUGUUUCUCACCAUGAUCAUCCUACUACAGACCCUGAUCCCAAUCUCUCUGUAUGUAUCCAUUGAAUUGGUGAAACUUGGUCAGGUUUACUUCUUACACAAUGACAUUGACCUAUACGAUGAAGAAGUCGAUCUAUCUAUUCAGUGCCGAGCCCUUAACAUCACUGAAGACCUGGGCCAGAUUCAAUACAUCUUCUCAGACAAAACCGGGACUCUGACAGAGAACAAAAUGGUAUUCCGGCGUUGUACCAUUAUGGGCAAUGAGUUUUCCCACCAAGAAAAUGCCAAACGCCUGGAGACUCAGAGGGAGUUGGAUUCAGAUGAGGAGGACUCGAUCAAAUGUCAGUAUGGGGCCUUGCCAGGCCUCGGCACAGUGAGAUGCCCAGGAGGAGCCAAGCCCCUGAAAAGGAGCCAGAGUGCCCAUGCCCAUUUCCAGACUCACACUCGGCACAGGUCGGUGGGGAGAUGUGACAAUGCCCAGUCUCCGGUGGCCUUCAGCAGUACCAUAGAAAAGGAUGUGGCUCCAGACCAAGGUCUCUUGACAAAGGUGAAAGGUGCCACCUUGAAACUGGAAACAUUGACAGCCCACAAGGUCACCAAAACUUCCCUCUCUACAGGCUCCUCCAUCACUGAUUUCUUCCUUGCACUGGCCAUCUGCAACUCUGUCAUGGUCUCUACAACAACAGAACCCAGGCAGCGGGUCACCAUCCCACCACAGAUGAAGUCCCUAGGAGCUUCCCUAGAGAAGCUUCACCAGCUGUUCCAGAGGCUUAAACUCUCCAGUUUCAGCCAGUCCUUCUCUUCCACCACUCCACCUGACUUUGGGGAAAGUUUAGGGCCCAACUCUACAGCUAUAGAUUCAGAUGAGCAAGAUGACUCAUCCAGUCACAGCUGUGGAUAUUCAACAGAUGCUGGCUACCACAGCAGCUCCAAAGAAGAAGUCAUGACCAAGCAUGACACCUUGGGGUCCAGAAGCCCCUCCUUGGAAGAUGUAUUGGACUCAGUGAUGCCAGAGCCAGAAUUCUACUACGAGGCCGAGAGCCCCGAUGAAGCUGCUCUUGUGCAUGCUGCCCGGGCCUACAACUUUACCUUGGUAUCCAGGACCCCUGAGCAAGUGACUGUGCGUCUGCCCCAGGGGACACUUCUCACCUUUGACCUCCUCUACACCCUGGGUUUUGACUCGGUGAGGAAGAGGAUGUCAGUGAUUGUAAGACACCCCUUGACUGGUGAGAUCAUUGUCUAUACUAAGGGAGCUGACUCAGUCAUAAUGGACCUGCUAGAAAACCCUGCCAAAGACCCUGUCACAGAGAAGAAGCUGAGAAAAAUCCGGGCCAAGACCCAGAAACACCUUGACUGGUAUGCAAGAGAUGGGCUACGAACACUCUGCAUCGCCAAGAAGGUCUUAAAAGAAGAGGACUUCCAGAGGUGGGCCAAUUUCCGCCGUGAGGCUGAAGCAGCCCUUGACAACCAAGAGGAGCUACUAAUGGAGACAGCCCAACAUCUAGAGACUCAGCUCACCUUACUGGGAGCAACUGGGAUUGAAGAUCGACUACAAGAAGGUGUGCCAGACACCAUUACUGCAUUGCGAGAGGCAGGGAUCCAGAUCUGGGUCUUGACAGGAGACAAGCAGGAAACAGCUGUCAAUAUUGCACAUGCCUGUAAACUCUUGGAGCAGACAGACACCGUUUAUACCAUCAAUACAGAGAGUCAGGAGACCUGUGAAUCGAUCCUCAACUGUGCUUUGGAAGAGGUGAAGAGAUAUUAUGAACCGAGCCAAGCAGAAAACCAGUUUCUUGGCAUCCACCUUCUUUCUCAGGCACCAUCUUCCACCAUGGGAGCAGCAGGUCCAGAUAUUGGGCUGGUGGUUGAUGGGAAGACUUUAAAUGUCAUUUUCCAAGGGAAUCUGGAGAAGAAGUUUCUGGAGUUGACCAGAUAUUGCCGCUCAGUCCUAUGCUGUCGUUCUACUCCACUCCAGAAGAGCAUGGUAGUCAAGCUGGUGAGGGACCAGUUGAAAGUAAUGACUCUGUCCAUAGGUGAUGGUGCAAAUGAUGUGAGCAUGAUUCAAGCUGCUGAUGUUGGAAUUGGGAUAUCUGGACAAGAAGGCAUGCAGGCUGUGAUGUCCAGCGAUUUUGCCAUCUCUCGCUUCAAGCAUCUCAAGAAGCUCCUGCUUGUACACGGCCACUGGUGCUACUCACGUUUGGCGAGGAUGGUCAUUUACUACUUGUACAAAAAUGUGUGCUAUGUCAACCUUCUCUUUUGGUACCAAUUCUUCUGUGGUUUUUCGGGUUCCACAAUGAUCGAUUACUGGCAGAUGAUACUCUUCAACCUCUUAUUCACCUCCUUACCACCCCUCAUUUUUGGGAUCCUAGAUAAAAACAUCUCUGCUGAAACUCUCCUGGCUCUGCCAGAACUCUACAGGAAUGGGCAGGAUUCUAAGUUCUACAAGUUGUCAACUUUCUGGAUUGCCAUGUUGGAUGCUUUCUAUCAGAGCCUCAUCUGUUUCUUUAUCCCUUAUUUGGUCUACAAGGACUCUAACAUUGGUGUCUUCACUUUUGGAACACCCAUCAAUACCAUCUCCCUUAUCAUAAUCCUGUUACACCAGGCAAUGGAAAUGAAGACAUGGACUUUCAUCCACGGCUCUGUGCUCCUGGGAAGCUUCCUGCUUUAUUUCGUGUUCUCCCUCCUGUACAAUGCCUUCUGCAUCACCUGCAGCAGCCCAGCCAACCCCUACUGGAUCAUGGAGAGGCAGAUGUCAGAUCCUGUCUUCUACCUCGUGUGCCUCCUGACACCUGUCGCCGCCCUCCUUCCAAGGUAUUUUCUGCUGGCUAUGCAAGGCACCUGUGGAAAUUCACCCCUCCUGAAAGCUGAGAAACUGGACAAACUUCCCAAAGAGAAAAAGGAGCUGGCUAUCCAGGAGUGGAAGAGACAACAAGGGAGAUUAUCUACAGCCUGCCAAGCAGGUCCAUCCCCUGGCAAUGCCAACUCGGAACAGGAAACAAGGGACAACUCCCUAAAAGACUCCUCUCGCAUGAAAAGACAUACUGGGGACUGUGGACUUAAUAGAGACAGAAGUAACCCCCAAUCCUAUCCAUGUCAUAUGGGGUAUAACCAAAGCUCACCUGGCUCUGCAACAAGACCUACCCCAGAUGAACACCUCUUGGAACCUAGUGGAUCCGAAGCUUUUGGAAUGUUCAAAGAUCCACAGAUUGGCAUCCCAGGAGACUCAAGCAGAGGAAGCCAUCGCCGAUCCCAGAGCUCAUUGACUAUAUGAAGGGCCUCACGCACAGCUGCACAUGCAGGGACAAACUCCAAACAUGUUCAUAUAACGCGUUAUCUUGUGACCUCAAGCAAGUCACAAUCCUUCCUGGGCAAGUAGAAGAACACUGGGCAGUCUUGACCCCUUUUCCUAUCAGAAUAAUGACCUCCCUGGAGACAGAGCUGGCUUUCCCAGGGCUAGAGAACAAGACUGGGAAUUAGACAGCCACUCUGAGACUUUUCUACCACCAUCAGGCAGGCCAUCUUACAGAAACAAGUCGUCUGUUUCUUUUUCAGGAUGGAAAAAUAUUUCCAUGCACAGAGACUUAGGGCAAUUCUUUAAGAAAUGGCCCUCAAGCAUCCAGUUCCAAGAAUGUGCCUGCAAACACUGAAUCACUCUAAUGAACAGUUUGUGGGGGUGUAAUGCUUCUUACAUCCAUAAUUUGGCCCACACACUGGAGAAGAACUAAAAUUUCAGAAGACAGAGGCCCAGAGUUGGAGCAAAGGAGGCUGAGUUACUUCCACCCAGAGGUCCAAACCUUCCUAUAUUCACAAAGUUAGGCCCAAUGGCCAUUGAACCUUUAAGAUAAUACUUGUUGCUGCUCCACCUCACUCCCCUUCCCCAUGAAGGCCAGAUUUGAAUUCAUUACUUUGGAUAUCUAUUUUUUGAGGGAGAGAAGGAAAGAGAGAGAGAGAGAGAGAGAGAGAGAGAGAGAGAGAGAGAGAGCAGGAGGGAGAGAGAAUUGAGUAUUAGUCACUGUUCAACUCCAAUGAAUUUAUCAGCAUUAGAUGUAGGCCAAAAGACAAAACAACCAAGGUGGACUUCUUUUGGGUAACCACAGUAUGAUAGGGAGAUAAGGAUUAAAAGUAUAUGCACGAGGACUGUGAGGCCAAGCCCAAGAAGAAGAGAGGAAGAGCUAGGACAACAUUAAAAAUCCAUUCAAUCAUUCAGUAAGCAUUCGUUAAGUACCUGCUAGGAUUACCGAUAACCUUGUUCACCUAAAACUGGGAACACUAGGACUUGGCCACAUCAGAUUGACACUUGAGUUUGUUUUGGAACACAGAAAAAGGAGUCUUGCUUCACACAGUGAGUAGAAAGCUCAGGAAACUCAUUACCCUUAGAAGGCAUCAGGGGCUGAAAAUAUGAAAAGGAUUCAAUGUGUUGUAAUAUGUUAAUAAAUUAAUUAUAGAGCUGUAAAAUAAAUUAGAUUAAGGCAAGCUAAGGAUGUUUCAAGGACAUGCCCAAUCAUUUGAGGUUAACAUGGAAGGCAACCGUGUACUCCAUUAAUUGUCUAUCAGAGACCAAGCACCAGACUGUAGAGACCAGAAACCUGUGUAAAAAUUCUUAUGGCUUGAUGACCAUGGGGUCAGAGAAGGAGAAGACCUGUGAUUUCAUUGGUGUAGGGAAUUCCCAACAAGGAAUCUCCCUCUACUAAUGCAUAUCAGCAACUCAUCCACUAUUAAUUCUUCAAGAGUUGCCUAAGCCACUGAGGGGUUGUGAAUCACUUAGAGUCACACAGCAUGCAUCAGAAGUAAGACUUGAACCCAGGUCUUCUUGACUCUGAGGCUAGCUUCCUAUCCUUUUAGGAUAUAGAAAUCCCUGGACCACUGUUGUAUCUGCAAUCCCCAACUCAUCAUAGACCAUGAAAAAGCUUUCCCUUCAGAGGCUAGAACAUAUCCCAGCUGCCAUUUAGAAGGAUGAAGGUGACUGAGCAGCCUUUUCCUUACUCAACUCUAAAACUGAAGAUGCCAUUCAAAGCUUUCUAACCUGGUCACUUUUCCUGGCACUAGUUUAUUAGAGUCUUUCUACCUCUCAUAUCCUAUAUAAUCUAGUGUGACCAACACUGGACAGUUGGUUAAUUCUAGGUGAUUUCUGUGAUGCCAAGGAAAACAAUAACAAUGCAACCUUUCAUGACAGAAAGGAAAAGACCAAAAUGCAGAGGUCAUAAAUGCCUCACGUUCUACCUUAUGCAUAUCUUCAGCUCUCUACAUGUCAAAAACCCAUAAGGUCAAAGGCUAGCAUUCUAUUUCAGAGCUGUGAAGAACUGUACUGACCAUGACAGACAACAGGAGCCUCUUGCCUAAAUGCCAGCUUGCACCGAGCAUCAUGCUGAGAGUAUAGCAUUUAAUGAAAACCUUGUCAGGGUCUCUGUCCCCCCUCCUUUUUUUAAAAUAAAACCAAAUGUGAUUAUUCAA